AUGAGUUGCAUGUUAACAACGUUGUCACAAAAGAGAGAGGUCGAUUCCAUCAUCAGAGACACCAUCGAUAAGGUUCUUGUCCUCCGCUUUGGUCGUGUCUCUGAUCCUAUUUGUCUCCACCUUGAUCAAAUUCUUUCUAAAGCAGCAAGAGAGUUGUCCAAAUUCGCAACUGUGGCAUUGGUUGAUGUUGACUCUCCUGACAUCCAAGUCUAUGUCAAAUAUUUUGACAUCACUUUAAUUCCAUCUACGGUGUUUUUCUUCAAUGCUAAUCACAUGAAAAUGGAUUCCGGUACUGCAGAUCAUACUAAAUGGAUCGGCUCUUUCCACAAAAAGCAAGACUUGGUUGAUGUGGUAGAGACAAUAUUUAGAGGAGCAAUGUAUGGAAAGCUCAUUGUGAAUUGUCCUCUCCCACCUGAAAGGAUACCAAAAUAUCAAUUACUGUACAAGAAUGUCUAA